AUGCAGCGUUCAUCACCAGCUUUGGUUCGUCAGAUACUCCACCGCAACCGCAUGAGCAACGUCCAAAUGGUACCGACCCUCUCUUCGACGCCGCCGCCUCCCCCUCCCGGCCCACCCUGCGACGUGUUCAUAAACCACCGCGGGAUCGACACCAAGAGAACCGUGGCGGGGCUGCUGAACUACCACCUGUCCAGCAGGCUCAACCUGCGUCCUUUUUUGGACAGCAAGAACAUGAAGCCAGGGGACAGGUUGUUUGAUAAGAUCGACGCCGCGAUUCGGAAAUGCAAGCUUGGGAUCGCCGUGUUUUCACCGCAGUACUGCGAAUCUUACUUCUGUCUCCACGAACUCGCUCUUCUAAUGGAAUCUAAAAAGAGGGUUAUACCGGUUUUCUGCAACGUGAAGCCGUCUCAGCUUAGGGUUAAGGAUAAUGGAGUUUGCCCUCAGUACGAGAUCGAGAGGUUUAGUUUGGCGCUUGAAGAAGCCAAAUACACAGUUGGACUUACCUUCGACUCCUCUAAAGCCGAUUGGUCGGAGUUUCUAAGAGAGGCUUCGGAUGCGGUGAUGCAGAACUUGCUGGAGGUAGAAGGAGAACAAGCAUAUCUACAGGAGAAAUGCUAG